AUGAGUGCCCCUGCCCUUCUCUACGCAUGCAAUGUAUAUCUCGCCCGUGUUUCUGAGAGUGAGUCAAGACUUUCAAGCCUCUUCCGGAGUGGCUACAAUUGUCACCGCCGACGCAUGACACUAGAAACGCCUACGUACUUGGCUUUCGCUCGAGAUCAGCUGCACAUGGUGCAAGUCCAUCGGAGUUUGACAAGUCAUGCGUUCCGACACGACGUGAGUUCUUCCACAGCUGCUAUCAAGAGCCAUGGAACUAGUAAGAAGUGGACAGCCGCGCUGGACGUGUUCCGAGACGUGCUGCGAUCGCGCACGCGCACCGAUACGAUUCUUUACGGUGCCGCCAUACACGCGUGCGCAAAGGGCACGCAGUGGCAGCAGGCACUAUUUCUCCUCGGGGACAUUCGGAAUUGCAAGCUGGAGCCAAACACAAUCUUCAGCUACAACAUUGGGAUCAGCGCUUGCGAGAAAGGCGGCCAGUGGCAGCAGGCAAGGUUAUUACUGACCGAGUUGACGACGUCGCAGUGCGAGCCAGACGUCAUUAGUUAUAGUGCUGGGAUAAGUGCUUGCGAGAAGAGUAGGCAGUGGCAACAAGCGAUGUCUCUGCUGAGCGAGUCAAGGGAAGCGAGGCUGAAACAGAACAUCGUGUUGUACAAUGCUGCGAUUAGUGCUUGUGCGAAAUGUGGAGCUUGGCAGCAAGGGGUGAUAUUGCUGAGAGAAUUACGAGAUGAAAAGAUGGAGCCCGAUGUAAUCAGUUACAGCGCCGGAGUAAGCGCGUGCGAGAAAGGUGGACAGUGGCAACAAGCGUUGUUCUUGCUGGGCGAGUCGAAGGCAUCGAGCGUGAAGGCGAACACCAUCAGCUACAAUGCUGCAAUCAGUGCCUGCGAGAAGUGCGGGGAGUGGCGCCAGGCACUGUCGUUGCUCAGCGAGUUGUGGGAUGUCAGGCUUGAGCCAAGCACCAUCAGCUACAACGCUGGGAUCAGCGCUUGCGAGAAGGAUGGCCAGUGGUUGCGCGCCCUAUCACUCAUGAGCGAGCUUUGCGACGUGGACCUGGAGCUUGAUGUUAUCCUAUAG